AUGGCGUUCGUCAUCGUAGCAGCCCCUCGCUUGCUCCCCGGGCUCAAAGCGAGGGGUUAUGAUUCGUCUAAGCCUCGUACCCCGGCCCCCCGGCUCGUCUGUGCCGCCUCCGGCAAGGUGAGCUACCCGCUAUCUCAACACGAAGAUUUAUCCGUCCGAUCGCUCCCCUUCGUUCUCUCCGUCCUCGGACCGAUCAUCUCAGCCAGCGUCAUUUCAACGCAACAGGACGACUCGCCCAUGACCGAGGGAAAUAUGGCGGACAUGAUGGCAAAGUUGGCGGCAGCGGAGGCUGAAGCGGAGAAGCUCCGUUCGGAGCUCAAGGAGUCGGCCAAGGCCCCUGUCCCUACGGGAACAAUCGAUGAGCUCGCCAAGCAGAAGCCCGCCAAGCCGGAGAAUCGCAUCGACGGCAAAGGAGGUCGCGAGACGCUCUUUGGAACAGCUAAGAACUCGGGCGAUGCUUGGCUGAAGGACGGAAUGCAGUUUUUGGCGCGCGACCAGCCCAGUGAGCUUGGUGAAUCUGUGGAGAUGUCAAAGGAGGAUCAGGAUACAGUCAACCGCCGCCUUGCCAUUGGUCUCCUCGGCACCGGAAUCUUCGUGGGCCUGAGCCAAAUAAGCGUUGAGGCCCCUGCGCCUUCUAAGCCACUGUUCUUUUACCUUGUUCCCCUCGUAAAGACCCGCGAGCUUCUGAAGCAGGCCGCAGACCUAGCAGAGAAUGGGUACUGGGAUGAGCUAUCCACGGUGUGCCGCCAGAUUGUCGUGGCGAACAGUGCCAAGGAGAACCUGUUCAAGGCUGCAGCGUACCUCGACGCGAGGCAGGAAGAAAAGGCGAAGCAGGUGGCCUUUGACUUCCUUGAGCUGACAGAGAAGAUCGACUACAACAAGUAUUUUGAGAGCAUGGGUGCGGUGAGCGGCCAGAAGGCUGCUGAAUACAGCAAGUUCAGCAAGAAGGCUGCCAUCGCGGCUGCAGCGAAGCUCGACGAAUUUUUCGCGUUGAUGGAUAGGGACCAGCUGGAAGCGGCCAGGUCGCAAGUGAUGGCCUUUGCGGAUCCUGCUCCAGAGGCUGAGGUUGUGACGGAUGACAGCGGAGCUUCAACGGGGGAGGUAGCGACAGGUUUCUCAGAUGGUUACGAGGCCGAACAAUAA